UGCAAGAUUUAUUCAUUGAAUUUGUUUUUAGAAGUAUGCUAUUGCUAAAGAGAGAUCGUAGGUUUAACUAACAUUACGUGUUACUAUACAUGAUGAUUAUGUGUUUGAUUUACAGCUCGUCAAGCGGUUAAUUUCCGAGAAAAAAAGAAACUGUUUGCAAAAACGUGCAAUUUGAAAACAACAGGCUAGUAAAGUUUACACUUUAUCAAGCUUUUGGAUGAGCAAUGUUAAUACAAGAACCAAUGACACUUCUCAAAAGCUUUGUUGUGGUGUGACAAGUAAUAGCUGAAAAGCUUUUCCCCAGGAUUCCCAGUACGUUAAGGCAAAAGCAGAAGCAGUUGUGGUGUUGCCAGCGAAAAAAGAAGCAAUGUCGCUAUUUCCUAUGAAUAAGGAUUUUGAGUGUGAGAUUUGCCUGAAGUACUUCGCCAGCUGUUACAAUCUUAAACGCCACAUGCUCAUGCACACGGGAGAAAAACCUUUUCAAUGUGACGUCUGCUUGAAAUGUUUCUCUGGCGGGAACAUCCUCAAACAACACCUGCUGAUCCACAACGAGGAGAAACCCUUCACGUGCGGGGUGUGUUCGCGGUCCUUCACGUAUAGCUGUAACCUGAAGACCCACAUGCUGACACACAGCAGUGAGAAACCGUUUCAAUGUGAGCUAUGUUCGAAGAGCUUCACUCGCGUCUACCACUUGAAAAUACACAUGCUGAUACACACCGGCGAAAAGUCCUUCCAGUGUGGAAUCUGUUUUAAAGGCUUCUCGGCGCGAGUCUUCUUGAAUCACCAUAUGCUGAUGCAUACAGGGGAGCGGUCGUUCAGGUGCGAGGUGUGUUCCAAGUGCUUUGUGCGCAGAAACAACCUGACGAAACACAUGUUGACCCAUACCGGGGAGAAGUCGUUCAAGUGUGGACUGUGCACGAAGUGUUUCACGCAGGCCAGCAGCGUGAAGAGACACAUGUUAAUUCACACCGGGGAGAAACCCUUUCAGUGUGAGAUGUGUGACAAGUGUUUCUCCGACCGCACAUCCAUGAAGAGACACGUCCUCGUGCACACCGGCGAGAAGCCGUUCCAGUGUUAUGUGUGCUCCAAGGCGUUCACGCAGAGUUACGAGUUGAAGAAACAUGUCUUCACGCACACCGACGAGAAGCCAUUCAAGUGUGGAAUCUGUUUUAAGUGUUUCACGCACAGUCGAGAUGUAAAACUUCAUAUACUCGUCCAUACUAGCGUUUACUCACAGACUGUUAAAUCUUUAAAAUAUAUGUACAGUGCAUGAGACAAAUAUAUUGAUGUUUUACACAGUGCAUGAGCAACACAUUAAAAUAUAUGUACAGUACAUGAGACAGAUGUACUGAAACAUUACACUAUGCAUGAACAGUGUACAGUACAUGAGACAAAUAUACUAAAACAUUACACAGUGCAUGAGCAACACAUUAAAAUAUAUGUACAGUACAUAUAUUAUACAUAUGAUAUUUUAAUGUGUUGCCUCAUUUACUGUACAUGUAACAUUUUAACAUGUCUUGUGUACAUGCUAUGCAUGUGAUCUUUUAAUAUGUUUAGUGUACUGUACUUAUAUCGAAUGUACAGUACAUUAUAUGUACAGUACAAGAGACAACACUAAAAUGUUGUAUACAUACAGUACUGAGAUGUAAAACCAGGCGUGUGUGCAGGAAUUUAAGAUGUGGGUGUUGGAAUCUAUCUAAUACAAGAAUUUUUUUAUCAUACAUACAUACAUACGUAUACAGUACAUGAGACAACACUGAAAUGCGUGUGUGGAGUACAUAAAACAACACAUUAAAAUAAGAUACAUACACAGUAUAAGAGAACGCAUUGAAAUAAGAUACAUACACAGUAUAGGAGACAAGACAUUAAAAUAAGAUGGAUACACAGUAUAGGAGACAAGACAUUAAAAUAAGAUACAUACACAGUAUAGGAGACAAGACAUUAAAAUAAGAUAUACAGUAUAGGAGACAAGACAUACACCGUAUAGGAGACAAGACAUUAAAAUAAGAUGCAUACACAGUAUAGGAGACAAGACAUUAAAAUAAGAUACAUACACAGUAUAGGAGACAAGACAUUAAAAUAAGAUACAUACACAGUAUAGGAGAACACAUUACAAUAAGAUACACAGUAUAGGAGACAAGACAUUAAAAUAAGAUGCAUACACAGUAUAGGAGACAAGACAUUAAAAUAAGAUGCAUACACAGUAUAGGAGACAACACAUUAAAAUACAUACACAUUAUAGGAGAUGACACAUUAAAAUAAGAUACAUACACAGUAUAGGAGACAACACAUUAAAAUAAGAUACACAGUAUAGGAGACAACACAUUAAAAAGGUAUAUACAUUAUAUAAGACAACACAUUAAAAUAAGGUACAUACAUGGUAUACGAUGUGACCACACAUUAAAAUAAGGUACAUACAUGGUACACGAUGUGACCACACAUUCAAAAUAAGGUACGUACACGGUACACGAUGUGACCACACAUUCAAAAUAAGGUACGUACACGGUACACGAUGUGACCACACAUUCAAAAUAAGCUACGUACACGGUACACGAUGUGACCACACAUUCAAAAUAAGCUACGUACACGGUACACGAUGUGACCACACAUUCAAAAUAAGCUACAUACACGGUACACGAUGUGACCACACAUUCAAAAUAAGCUACGUACACGGUACACGAUGUGACCACACAAAUAUUACUUUUUAAAUGUAUUUUUAGGGGGAGCAUGUUGUAGAUUGUAGUAUUAUGAUACAUAAUAAUUAAUACUUACAUUUGUUGAAUGUAUUAACAUUUUCAGUUCUUUUUGUGAUGAUUGUUUGAAACAUUGUUUUGUCAUUGUGUUCAUGUUGUUUUAAAUGUGGAAUGUUUACUUGAAAUAACAAAAUUUAUCUUUCUUGACUGGACCCCUUUAAAAACAUCACUUGUCAGUGUGGACCCCUUUAAAUACAUCACUUGUCAGUGUGGACCCCUUUAAAAACAUCACUUGUCAGUGUGGACCCCUUUAAAUACAUCACUUGUCAGUGUGGACCCCUUUAAAUACAUCACUUGUCAGUGUGGACCCCUUUAAAUACAUCACUUGUCAGUGUGGACCCCUUUAAAAACAUCACUUGUCAGUGUGGACCCCAUCCCCUACAUAAUUUUCUCCACACAUACUUGAUGUACUAGUAUACAAUAUAUAAGAAACACAUUAAAAUAAAGUACACAUACAUAAGACAUUAAAAUAGUAUAAUUAAUUUGUUUAAAAUAAUUGUCUUGUUUUCGUGUGUGAAAUUUGCUGUGUAAACAAAUGGCAGGGAACAUUUUGUUCAGUAUCGCGCCGCGAUUCGCUACACAAGUUUCAAAGAUCGCUAUACAAUUUUACAACAUUAAACAGUAGUUGCUAAUCAACUUUCAACUGACUAGAAAUUUUGCCAAUCAAGAUUUUGGAAACAAAAUGUUCCCUGGGUGGACACCUGAAUUAAUGACACUAUGCUCUGCUUGCUGCACAGGGCUUCUAGAAUGUUUUAUAAAAUCCACUAGCCAUGGGAUCAGUGAUUUAAAAAAUUUACUAACCACGAUUAAAAUUUUACUAGCCCUACUUUACUAAAUAAUAGUAAUAAUCAGAUAUGUCACCUAAAUAGAGAGAGGGAGCUUAAAAACACUCAAAUUUGGGGAGUUGGGGAAAAGAUAUUCAUAUUGACAAAAUAGACUUAACUGCAACAUUUGACACAAAAAAACAAAUAUCACUAGCCGUUGGGCAUGGCAAUAGUAUUUAUUUACUAUCCCAACAUUGAAUAUCACUAGCCAUGCGAGUGGGGCUACCAGAAUCUAGAAGUCCUGGCUUGCAUCUAUAUUGUGUAGACUAGUUCCAGUGGCAUGCAUACAGUCAUGUAGAACUAAUAACCAUGUUGCACCAUUGACAUGGAUAUAGAGAUAUCCGUAUGCCUAUUUAUCUUUGGUUUAACUAUAACAAAUAAAAUGUGUUUCAAACACAAAA